CACAAACUUUACCCAAAUCAAUUAUUGCUACAAAGAAAUUCACUACAAAAUUCAACACUCCAAAUUCAAUCCCUUUCACCCUACUCCUAACAACCAUUUUCAACCACUUCUAUAUUUUUAUCAAAUUAAUAAAUAAAUAUUGAAGAAAAAAAAAAGUAACAAAAGUAAAGCUUACACAUCACACAUCACAUUGUUAUUAUUAUUAUUAUUUUUAUUUUUAAUAUUAAUAAUAAUCACUCUCUCUAUUUGGUUACAAUGCAAAAUCCACCUACUAUUAUCUCACUUCCGCCGCCGUUUCCUUUCCCUCCUCCGCCACAAUCCGCCGGUCAAGUCGUUGUCCUUCCAGCACCACCUCCACCGUUUCGUCCAUUCGCGACCGCUCCCAGCUCUUCCUCUCAAAUCACCGUCCUCCCUGCUCCACCUCAACCACCGCCGCCGUUUUUUGGCGAAUCUAGCUCCGUCGAUUUAUCGCCUAUCGAGUUUCUCCUCGCUCUUGUAGCGAUUAUAACCAUUCCUGCCUUGAUCUACACUUUCAUCUUCGCCUACGGAUGCUCAUCUUCAUCCUCCAAUCGCCGGAGAUCCGAUGAACUAUCCGACGCUCAAUCGGUUGCAACAGAACUCUCCCGCCAUGACGUGGAGAGUGUACCUGUUGAAGAACUAGCCGGUGUGAAGCACCUGGAGAUACGUCCGGAGAAAAUCAGCGGCGAGUGUCCGGUGUGUUUGUCGGUGUUCGCAGACGGUGAGGAAGUUCGGGAACUGAGUGUAUGCAAGCACUCGUUUCACAGUGCUUGCAUCGAUUUGUGGCUCAGCAACCACUCCAAUUGUCCGAUUUGCCGUACAAUUGUCACCGACGCUGCGGCGGUUAAAAGCUCCGGUAACGGCAGAGACGGUGAUGUUCAACCGGGUCCCGGUGAUGCUUCUUCUUUGGUUUGAUUUUUUUUUCUCUAUCUAAUUUUGGUUAUAGUAAAUGUGAGUUAAAUGUGAAUUUUAUUACUAUCAUCGAAAAAUAUCAGAAUUUUUAUUUA